GAGGUUUUCUUUCCAUUUCCUUGGGAGGGCCUUGUCCAAGAUGUAAACCAUUCAGUUAAGUAUCUGGCAUCUAAAACAGUUGGCAAACUACAGCCUUCACCUGUUUUAUAUGGCCUGUGAGCUAAGACUGAUUUUUACAUUUUUAAGACUGAUAUUUUGUGACAUGAUUAAUAUAUCAUGAUAUGUGAAAAUUAUGAAAAUUCAAAUCUAAGUAUCUAGAAGUAAACUUUUAUUGGCACACAGCCACACUUGCUUGUUUACAUAUUGUCCAUGGCUACUUUAAUACUCCAGGGGCAAAGUUGAGUCAUUGCAAUAGGCUGUCUGUCUUCAAAGCCAAAAAUGUUGACUGCACAGAAAUUUGCCAGCCCCUGACCUAAAGAAUUGAUUCAAACUUUCUCCAAAAACAGGUGUUGGCUUUGAAGAUAGGUGCAGCCAUUGGUGCUUUUUUUUGGCAGUUUCGUUGCUAAGGAACAGAUUUGCUGAGUCAUGCUCAGAUAGACCGGGAAUGCCUCAUCCUGUAUAAAUAUUUGUGACUUAUUCCUCUCUAGGGAACACCCUACAGAACUCUGCUUAACCUAGUCUUCCACAAAUGGCAAAAAAAUGGGGGUUCCCUGGUGAAAUAGUUAUGGGAAAUAUGUCAUUCUGUAUCAUUCUUCCUAGAGACUAACAAUGACAGUGCUGAGAAGGUCUCCCAACAGAGAAGUUGGUUUAACUGUUUUAUCCAUCUCCUCUUCCCCCCCCCUUUUUUUUUUUUUGUGUGUGUGUGUGUGUUACACAGGCCUCUUACUGCUGUGGCCUCUCCUGUUGCGGAGCACAGGCUCCGGACGCACAGGCUCAGCGGCCAUGGCUCACGGGCGCAGCCGCUCCGCGGCAUGUGGGAUCUUCCCGGACCGGGGCAUGAACCCGUGUCCCCUGCAUCGUCAGGCGGACUCUCAACCACUGUGCCACCAGGGAAGCCCCCUUCCCCUUUUUGAGCUCAGCCUUUCAGUUGUCUCAUCGCCACCUUCCUCUGCCCCUGAGGGGAAGGGAGGAGGCCUGCAGGGUUGGCACCUCGAGGAGGAGAAAGCACCAGCAAGUGUGGAGCUUUUAAAGCCCUUUUGUGGUGGGAGGGGCCCCUAGGGGCCAGCUCUCUUAGGGCUGGGAAAGUCCAAGCCAGGGUUUCUCAGUGCCCCCAGAACCACCUGCCUCUGAAUCAUCCAGGGGACUAGCUCAAACAGCAGACUCCAGGGUCAUCCCAGACUCUGGCAGUGGGGCUUAGGAACCUGCAUUUAACUAACUCCCCAGGUGAGGCUGAUGAACACCAGAGUCAGAGUCCCCCUUGGCACCUCUUUCCAAGAGCUUGAGGACUGUGUCUCUCUCUCCCUUCCAGCCCCAACUGGCAUGGAUGUUUGUUGAAUGAAUAAUAAUAAUAGCAACUUCCAUUUCUCAGUGCUUAUUGGGUGCUGGGCUGAUCACAUUGGAUCUUUACAACAGCCUUAUGAAUCAGGUGUUCUCAUCAUCCCCAGGUGACAGAUGGGAAAACUGAGGCCCAGAGGAAAGUCAGUUACACGUUUAUGAAUUAAGAGACAGGCCAGGGUUCAUGUGGAGGUGGGUCUGACACUGGGCAGACAGGUGCUGAUUAGCUGCAGUGACUUGAGCACCUGAUCUGGUCCAGAGUUUGGACCCAGUAGUAUGAGACCUGAGGAGGUGGGCCUCUCUAAUGCUGGCAGAAGAGUUGGGGAAGGGCAGGGGCUGGGGGAAGAUGUCUUCUCUGUGUGCAUGGCAGGCAGUAGCCUCUUCCCUCUCCCGGUGGGCAAGCUCCCCCUGCUGCCUGAGUCCCUGGCAGGCCACCCUUCCGUCUUGCCCAGUGGGAAAGCCCAGAACAGCGCCCCUGGACCUGAACCAGGGCCCAUUCCCCCUUGGCAAGAGAGACCAUGUGCCUCACCCAGCUCCUGGGAGAGGGACCACAACCUUUUAGCAGCCACAAAAGCUGCCUCUGCCUGGUCAGGUGGGCCCCAUUCUGAGGUCAGCAGGGGCUGCUGGGCCUGCCCUGUGGCCAGGACCUGUUCCCAGCCCAGCUGCCCCUGGUCCUAGAAGGCCACUUUCCUUGAGGAGCUCACAUCUGGUGUCACCACCCGUAACUGCCCUCACUUCUGUGGCAGCAAGCAGCUCGGGAGGCUUUUUGGACUCAAACAGCUUCUGUGUGUCUGGCACCCCACUGGGAAUGGUACUCAGCCAAGAAUCCAAGCCCAGAUGGCAGGCGAUUAGGGAGCUGGCACGGGCUGGCUGGGAGGUAGCUUCCCCAUGGCUUUCCUUUCUGGCAAUUAGCCGACUAGUCAAGUGCUUAGAAUGCCCAGGGUUCAGACUCGGUCCUGCCACUUCCCUGCUGUGUGGCCUGGGGCAAUCUCAACCUCUCUGAGCCUCAGCUCCUCCCCUGGCAGAAGGAACCCAAAUUCAGAUGUGAUCGUUGCAAAGUCUUAAAUUAAGUAAUGUAGGGGGACUUCCCUGGUGACGCAGUGGUUAAGAAUCUGCCUGCCAGUGCAGGGGACACAGGUUCGAGCCCUGGUCCAGGAAGAUCCCAUAUGCCGCGGAGCAACUAAGCCCGUGCGCCACAAGUACUGAGCCCGCGUGCCGCAACUAAUGAAGCCAGCGUGCCUAGAGCCCAUGCUCCACCACAAUGAGAAGCCCGGGCACCGCUCGCCGCAACUAGAGAAAGCCCGUGCGCAGCAACGAAGACCCAAUGCAGCCAAAAAUAAAUUAAUUAAUUAAUUAAAAAAAAAAGAAAACCACAAGCUUAAAAAACAAAAAAAGUCAUGUAGGGACUUCCCUGGCGUGGCGGUCCAGUGGUUAAGACUCCACGCUUCCACUACAGGGGUCACGGGUUCAACCCCUGGUCAGGGUACUAAGAUCCCACGUGCCACGUGGCGCGGCCAAAAAACAAAAAUUAAAAUUGAGUAAUGUAAAGAAAGCACUCAGCACAGUGCCCAGCCUGCAGGAGCCCUCAGGAGAACUGUAUUAUUUGUUUUUGGGUGAGAGCCGGAGCUCUCCCAGCACAGGGGUCCCCCAGGCGCUGGGGCCUAGGAAGGAAGAAGGCAGGAAUCCUGGGCAGGGAUGAGUGGAAGAGGUGCAGACCAGCUCCAGUCCAUACUUAGUUGCCCUGCAGUAACGAUGGAUUCGUUAUAUCUUGCCACCAGCCUCAGGAUUUAAUUAAGUUACUGAUGAACUCAAAUGUGUCUCUAGGGAGCCAGGAGCUGUCCCUGGUUUCCUCUGCCUGUAGAUUAAUUCUUGUUUUUCCUUCUUGUUUUUUCCUCCUCUUCUCCCCCGCCCCGCCCCACCUUUCUUCCCAAGCAAGCAAAAAAAAAAAAAAAAGAAAAAAAGAAAAAGAAAAGCCUUAUUUAUUAUCAUUUUCCCCACUGUUGGCAUGGCAACACAGGCGUACGUUACUGAGCUACAGGCAGCCCCGCAACCAUCCCAGCCGCCACAGGCCCCUCCACAAGCCCAGCCCCAGCCACCGCCACCACCAGCCUCAGCAGCACCCCAGCCUCCCCAGCCCCCCGCCACCACCGCCACCCCCCAGCCCCAGUAUGUCACCGAGCUGCAGAGUCCGCAGCCUCAGGCACAGCCACCGGGCGGCCAGAAGCAGUACGUGACAGAGCUCCCGGCCACCCCCACGCCCUCGCAGCCGGCCGGCACACCCGCCCCGUCCCCGGCAUCCCAGCAGUACAUCGUGGUCACCGUCUCCGAAGGUGCCAUGCGGGCCAGCGAGACUGUGUCAGAGGCCAGCCCGGGCUCCACGGCCAGCCAGACUGGAGUCCCCACUCAGGUGGUGCAGCAGGUGCAGGGCGCCCAGCAGCGGCUGCUGGUCCAGACGAGUGUGCAGACCAAGCCGGGCCACGUGUCACCCCUCCAGCUCACCAACAUCCCGGUGCCCCAACAGGCUCUCCCCACACAGCGUCUGGUGGUGCAGAGCACAGUCCCGGGCGGCAAGAGUGGCCAGGUCUCCCUGACGGUGCAUGGCACGCAGCAGGUGCACUCACCUCCUGAGCGGUCGCCAGUGCAGGCCAAUAGCUCCUCCAGCAAGACGGCUGGGGCCCCCACGGGCACGGUGCCUCAGCAGCUGCAAGUCCACGGCGUCCAGCAGAGUGUCCCCGUCACCCAAGAGAGGUCCGUGGUCCAAGCCACUCCACAAGUGCCCAAAGCUGGCCCCGUGCAGCAGCUCACAGUGCAAGGGCUCCAGCCGGUCCACGUGGCUCAAGAGGUGCAGCAGCUCCAGCAGGUGCCAGUCCCACAUGUGUACUCCAGCCAAGUGCAGUAUGUGGAGGGCAGUGAUGCCAGCUACACGGCCAGCGCCAUCCGCUCCAGCACCUACCCCUACCCCGAGACGCCGCUGUACACGCAGACGGCAGGCACCAGCUACUAUGAGGCCGCGGGCACGGCUGCCCAGGUCAGCACACCUGCCACCUCCCAGGCGGUGGCCAGCAGUGGCUCUGUGCCCAUGUACGUGUCCGGCAGCCAGGUCGUCGCCAGCUCCACCAGCAGUGGGAGUGGGGCCAGCAACAGCAGCAGCGGCGGCAGUGGCGGCGGGGGAGGCGGUGGCGGGGGCGGGGGCAGUGGCAGCAGCAGUGGCAGCGCAGCAGGCACCUACGUGAUCCAAGGCGGCUACAUGCUGGGCGGUGCCAGCCAGUCCUACUCCCACACCACCCGUGCCUCACCAGCCACUGGGCAACUCCAAGUACCACUACUAUGGCCUGCGCAUCAAGGCCAGCUCACCCCUGCUGCGGCUGAUGGAGGACCAGCAGCACAUGGCCAUGCGGGGCCAACCCUUCUCGCAAAAACAGAGUCCCUUGCCUAUCCCUUCUCCAGGCUCAAACCCAUCCAGAAGAUGGAGGGCAUGACCAACGGUGUGGCCGUGGGGCCACAGCAGGCCACUGGGCUGUCCGACAUCAGCGCCCAGGUCCAGCAGUACCAGCAGUUUCUGGAUGCCUCGAGGAGCCUUCCUGCCUUCUCAGAGCUCGACCUCCAGGGCAAAGUGCUGCCCGAAGGCAUCGGGCCUGGGGACAUCAAGGCCUUCCAGGCCCUGUACCGGGAACACUGUGAGGCCAUCGUCGAUGUCAUGGUGAACCUGCAGUUCACCCUGGUGGAGACGCUGUGGAAAACCUUCUGGAGGUACAACCUGAGCCAGCCCAGCGAGGCACCGCCGCUGGCUGUGCACGAUGAGGCCGAGAAGCGGCUGCCCAAGGCCAGCCUGGUGCUCCUCUCCAAGUUCGAGCCCGUGCUCCAGUGGACCAAGCACUGUGACAACGUGCUGUACCAGGGCCUGGUGGAGAUCCUCAUCCCCGAUGUGCUGCGGCCCAUCCCCAGUGCCUUGACCCAAGCGAUCCGGAACUUUGCCAAGAGCCUGGAGAGCUGGCUCACCCACGCCAUGGUGAACAUACCUGAGGAGAUGCUGCGGGUGAAGGAGAAAGAAACAGGCUCAGAGAGGUCGCAUUGGGUGGGGCAGGGGGCUGUGCGGGGUGGGUUCCGCGGAAGCCACAAGCCCUGGGCCCCACAGGUGGCAGCGGCCGGCGCCUUCGCGCAGACCCUGCGGCGCUACACGUCGCUCAACCACCUGGCGCAGGCGGCGCGUGCUGUGCUGCAGAACACCGCGCAGAUCAACCAGAUGCUGAGCGAUCUCAAUCGCGUGGACUUCGCCAACGUGCAGGAGCAGGCCUCGUGGGUAUGCCGCUGCGAGGACCGCGUGGUGCAGCGGCUGGAGCAGGACUUCAAAGUGACUCUGCAGCAGCAGAACUCACUGGAGCAGUGGGCGGCCUGGCUGGACGGCGUCGUGAGCCAAGUGCUUAAGCCCUACCAGGGCAGCGCCGGCUUUCCCAAGGCUGCUAAGCUCUUCCUUCUCAAGUGGUCCUUCUACAGCUCCAUGGUGAUCCGGGACCUGACUCUGCGCAGCGCCGCCAGCUUCGGCUCCUUCCAUCUCAUACGGCUGCUCUACGAUGAGUACAUGUACUACCUUAUCGAGCAUCGCGUGGCCCAGGCCAAGGGCGAGACCCCCAUUGCCGUCAUGGGCGAGUUCGCCAACCUGGCCACCACGCUGAACCCCCUGGACCCGGACAAAGACGAGGAGGAGGAAGAGGAGGAGGAAAGCGAGGACGAGCUGCCGCAGGACAUCUCGCUCGCGGCCGGUGGCGAGUCACCCGCGCUGGGCCCCGAGGCUCUGGAGCCACCGGCCAAGCUGGCGCGGACAGACGCACGCGGCCUCUUCGUGCAGGCGCUGCCCUCCAGCUAAGCCUGUGGCCUCCCCCGCCGCACCCCGCCGCCCCGCCCGCCCUACCCUGCUGCCCCUCCUCGCCAGGGUCCCUCACAGCUUCUGUGGCUUCGCUGUCACCGCUCCAGCCUCGGCCGGGGCCGGGAGGGGGCCUCCGAGACAGGGAAGGUAAGGGGGUCCCUGCCCCGGAUGGAGCGGCCACAAUCACAGGGCCGGGCGGAGCCGCAGCUGCAAACUCUGACACAAAAGACGUGCCUUAAGGAACCCGCCGACGUGCCCAGGUGCCCCCUGGGGCAGCCAGCUUGGCCCUUGGCCCCAAAGGCCGCAGCAUCUCCCUCCCCCACCCCCCCCCAGGGGGCAGGCAGGCAGGCCCCCUCCCUUGCAGAACUGUUAACUUAUUCAGCUCGCUGGCUUUGCACAGCCUGUCCUAGGCCCAGCCCUGAGCCCCGGGUGGGCGCAGGUGGGCAUCACCUGGGGACCCGCCACUGUCAGCAGCAGCCCCGGGAUCCCUCCCCCAGCAGCCCCACCGCUUCCCACUCCUUGGUAUAAGUGCAAUUAAAGCUGUGGGUGUCGCAUCUUCUCCAGAGCUGGGCCCUCCCUUGCCCCGCAGCCCUAGAGGGGGGCACUGCCCGGCCUGGAUAGGGGGAGGGCAGAAGGGGCACCACCUCCAGCUUCCAAAGAGCAGCAGGCUGGACAGGGCGCCAAGCCCAGAGGGACCUGCUGCAGGCAGCGGGCCCGGAAGUGCCCACGCCUGCCCCAGCCAGGGCUGGGUGCUCCACUCGCUCAGAUCCUGGACCCCGAGUCCUGGGCCCUCCUCGCCGCUGGUCUGUAAUGGAAUCUCUACGCUCUUACUCUCCCUGGAGACCGUGCUUCUCCUCCAUGCGUGCGAUCCCCGCCCUCCACAUGACUAUUGUGCGAUUUGUGAGCGCCGCCUGAGCGGAGUCGGUAACUUGUUGGGUUUUUUUCCAACCAUCAUGGCCUUAUCUGUUCCGGUUUUCUCAGUGUUUUCAACCUGUGAGAUAGAUGUUUAUGGCAAAAAGCGAAAAAAAGAAAAAAGAAAAAACAAACCUGAUCUAUUGUAUAAAAAUCACUAUUUUGUGUGCUCCGUGUGCUCCAGCUUUUGGGGUGGCUUGCCGACUCCCCCUCCUUACCCCUCGGGGCCUCCCUUCUCCUGGUGGUGGAAGUGUCCACGCGUGUGGUAGUCUAGUGUGCCGAGCUGUUUUCUACCUUUUUGUAGUCUUUCUUAAAACACAAUAAAUUCCGCUGUGA